AUGAACAUCUCAAUCAAGGAGAGCCUAGAACACGUUUGCAGAGUGUUCAAUUUCUUUGGCAUAGAUUACAUAACGGCGGAUUUGCUGAGAAGAGGAAAGUGCGAGAAAAACGGGAAGAGGAGAAAGAAGGUAAUCAUUUGCUACAACUUCCUCAUUAAUGACUUGUCCCUACUGUACUGUUUUGACUUUAAUAGGAGGUUCAAACCGACCUACAGCGCCUACGUAGAGAAAGAGAUUUCCAGGGUGGAACGGGAAAUAUUCUCGAGGGGGAAGAAUGCUUCGGGGUGUACUACACCGGGCAGACCCCCCUCAGGUGCAAAGGGUUCACGUGGUAGUGGCCACGUGGGGAACACUCCCUGGGGAGAAAAAUGCACCGACCGUAGUGAUGCGGAGGAGGCGGAUCACCCAGACGAUGCGGACGAAACGGAUGAUGAAGACGGAAACGAAGGAGACAACUUUGUGGAAGAACUAGGAAUGGAUAAUGCUCCUUAUGUGGACGAUCUGAAUAUCGUGUCGCCCAUGGCUGUGCUUCUUCUGGAGUAUUUUGAGUACCCUAGGCUGUUUCACCUUCUCAAGUGCCAUUUUCAAAUGUGUAAGGAACUGCUCCUAUGCAUAGGGUUCCUAAUUGAUUGUACCCAAUUAUUUGUGCACUAUGAUAAGAGGCAGCCAUUUUAUGAGUUCUUUUUUCGGGACCUUAGAGGUGCUGGCAACACAGGGGGGGGUCGAAGUACCUCUACCCGACAGAGAACAAACCGGAUGCAGGAAAAAACGCUAGACAAGACAAACGACGAAGAAGAGGAAGGAGAAGAUUACUUUCACGUAAUAAAUGAAGCCAUGCUGCUGCUUUCGAACCGACCCUACGAUUUGGAAAUCUUUCAGUAUAGACUCCUGUACCAGUUUUUGUAUGAGCAGAGAGGUAGAACCCAUGGAGGAGGUGACAGACAGAUGAAGGGGUCUGAACAUACCGAAAGUGAGUAUUUAAAAAGGAGGAACACCAUGUUAACCGAAAAAUGCACCUCCAAAUGGACUGCAAAGCGGGGGAGUGAUCCCUUCAGUGAGAGGAAAAGCAUAACUGCGAAUGUGCGAGACGGUUGUGUCGAACCCGAGGGGUGUAAUUCACCCAACGGGGAUGCAACUCCCACGGAAGAGGAGCUCACUUUAGAGGAAUAUGUAUCGUACGACUACGCAACAUACCAAGAAAAUUUCAUCAAUCGAUAUGGGCGCAGUUCCGGAGGGUUGGAAGACCUAACGGGGGGGGAUUCAACAGGAAGUGCUUCCAACCGAAGCAGCCGAAGUGACGAUUUGCGCGUGGUCGCCGAUGACGAUGUCAAGAUGUAUGUCCCUGAGCUGACACGAAACGUUAACAAACAUUGCAGUCAGUUGAUACAAUUGCAGAGGAAAAUAACUCAGAGAAUAAAUCAUAUGCAGCACUUGGACAGAAACCGACUUCUCUUGUUUCACAAGUUCAACGCGCUGGUGAGUGCCUACAUGGAGCCACACAAUGUCGUCGUUAACAUUGCUGAAUUGGAGGACCUAAGUAAUUCUAUUCAAGGAAAGAAGUACCCCGAUAGGACCAGAGCAUUGGGGAGUAAAAACAAAAAAAUGGAUCUCAUGCAUAAUGCUAUGUUCACUGUGCAAGUCGAUUUUGAAAGGGACAGAGAGAAAGUGAAGAAUAAAUUAUGCGGACAUGAAACGGGACUCAACAAAGCGAGUGUGUUUCCGAGCAAAGGACAUAACUCUGCAGGAGGUGGGGCGUCCCCCAAUCGUGCUGGACAGUCCGUUAACCACAGCAACAACGUAGAGGAAGAACCACUUGACGAUGUGAAUUACGAAAAUGUUCUCAGCGCUAGAAUAUCUAUUAAUGAGUUUUUCCUACUGAAUGAUCCGGCACUGUACAAUAGAGUCUGUCACGUAUAUAAGAAUGGGAUGAACCUUUUCCAUGUCGAACAACUACGGGCUGUGUUUUGGUUGUGGCUUCAGUCAAUCUUUCCGGACGGUGCUGCGGGGGAGGAAGAGACGGAGAGCGACGAUGCGUCUGCCAGUGGAGGGUUAGAGGGGUCCUCUGCCCCCGUCGACUUUUUUGACCUGAAUAACCACAAGUUCUUUUACGACAACCUCGUGGCGUCUGCCGAGCCGGAGAAACUCUCCAUUCACGUGCUAAGCGACCUGAACAAUUUCGAACAGAACUUUAAACUACUGAAGGCGUACCUCCUAGACAAGGGGUGCACCAUCGGGUACAACAAAGUGACGACCAAGGUGGAGGGGAAGACAUCGGACCAUACAACAAAACUCAGCAGUAUGACCAAAUACGUGAAUGACCUGCAUGAGGAAUUCGUUGCCUACUGCAACUAUAAAAAGAAGGCAAAGGAUGUAAGCGACGAAAUGUUUGUUGAUUUUCUCCAGACAAAGAAAAAAAGUAUGACCAUCAGUUCCAGCGUUGAGAAGGAGGAUUAUACCAACCUGGCCAGCAUCGUCAACAGACACCUCAUCGGCAUAGAUAAGAUUCUAAGGUAUAACCCCAUUUUAAAUUUCACCAACGUGGUGGAAGGAAUUAAGAGUCAGAGUUUCAUUCGGACGGAAGUGGAUGUCUCCCGGGUGGACUCCCAAGACUGGCACAACAUGUACACCUUCCACAGAAGAAAACGCGGGGGUGUCAUUCCCCCCGGAGAGGUGACCAACACUAGGACGGACCACCUCCCCCCCAACCAUGUAAUCAACUUCACGACAAACUCAAAGUAUGAAAUAAAUACAAAACCUAUGACGUACGCAUCUACCAUUUUUAACUACUCCGAUGAGUUCAUAUCGAAUAACGAUAUUUAUUCCUUCUCCGAAAAUGUGAGCCACUCGGGCAAGGAGUUUGUCGCGUUUGUGAAGGGGAAGAAGGAGAAGUGCAGGCACAACUUCCAUCACGUCUUGCGCAAGGUGGAGCGCUACAUGAGUUGCGUCGCGUACAACCUGUAG